AUGGAACCACUCAAAGUCCUUGUUGUCGGCGGCGGCAUCGCUGGCCCAUCAUUCGCAUCCUGGCUUGCCAAAACAGGUGCAGAUAUUACUCUUAUCGAGCGAUCGCCGCAUCUCAGAACGAACGGCCAACAGCUCGAUGUGCGUGCUCAGGGCAUACCCGUCAUGAAAAAGAUGGGCAUCGAAGCGGCCAUACGUGCCAAAACAGUUCGAGAACCGGGAACUAGGCUUAUCAACACCAAAGGCCAGACAAAAGUAUUAUUUCCAGUGACGGAACACGGCGGUAUGAAGCAAGGCCUCACCACAGAAUACGAAAUCAUGCGUGGUGAUCUUGCGAGUAUCUUGAUGGGUCUUACUGAGAAGAGCAAGAACGUGAAGCAUCGCUUCGGUACAACCGUCACCAGUCUGACUCAAGAUGACGAGAGCGAUCCCAAGGGAAAGGUUCAUGUGGGUUUUGACGACGGUCGAAAAGAUGACUUUGAUCUUGUCGUCGCAGCAGAUGGGACCGGAUCAAGAACACGACGGCUCAUGCUCGGCCCUGAUGCCCCCGAUCCUCGCCAUUUCCUUGGAGGGUACAUCGGCUUCUUCAGCACACUCCCACAACCACAUGACUCAAAGUGUUUCACCUUUUGCCAUCUCCCGGGAGGGCGCUACCUCGGGACAAGAAAGGAUAAGGAGGAAACGACUCGCGUUUACAUGCAAGUGUCGGGCCGAAAUGAGGCUCUCGAUGCAGCGCACAAGUCGGGGAAUCUGACAGACCUCAAGACAGCGUGGGCGAAUAUGUUUGCCGACGGCAAAUGGGAGUCCGAACGGUUCAUGACGGCAUUGAAGACGUCUCCAGAAGCAGAUGAUUUAUACUCAACACCUCGUGAAGAAGUCCGGCUCCCAGUAGGAUCCUGGUCCAAGGGACGAGUCGUAGCUAUCGGUGACGCAGCGCAUGCCCAAACAGCAAACGGUUACGGGACAACAUCGGCUCUCGUAGGCUCGUAUAUCCUCGCUGGCGAAAUCGCAGCACAUCAAAAGCAAGACCCAAGCACCGCAGUGGUUAAGGCCGUAAAGCGAUACGAGGAAGUGUUUCGGCCGAUGGCGACCUCUGGGCACGGCGGAGGGAACGAAAGUCGCGAAGCAUUGUUCAUGCCAAAGACACAAUUUGGAAUCUGGAUGCUCCACUCGAUAGCACGAGCGGUAUCCUAUCUCCGUCUCGAUGGAGGUUUUGGGCUAGGACACGAUGAGAAAUGGAAGGUUCCAGAGUAUUCGGCCCUGCUGGAAGCCCAGGAGUGA